AUGAAGCAGAUCGAAUCAAAAGUUGUUGAAGUGACCAAGUAUCCCACUUGGCUGGCUAACAUUGUUCCAGUAGCGAAGAAAGAUGGAAAAAUCAGGAUAUGUGUGGAUUAUCGAGAUCUCAACAAAGCAAGUCCGAAAGAUAAUUUUCCCUUGCCAAAUAUCCACAUACUCAUCGAUAAUUGUGCUAAGCAUGAGCUGCAAUCUUUUGUAGAUUGCUUUGCGGGAUAUCACCAGAUUCUAAUGGAUGAAGAAGAUGCAGAAAAAACAGCAUUCAUCACACCUUGGGGAGUCUACCAUUAUCGAGUGAUGCCGUUCGGCCUCAAGAAUGCUGGAGCCACCUACAUGAGAGCUAUGACCACCAUUUUCCAUGAUAUGAUCCACAAAGAAAUUGAGGUGUAUGUGGACGAUGUCAUCAUAAAAUCCCGCGAGAGUUCGGAUCACCUGACACACUUGGAAAAGUUCUUUAACAGGUUACGUAGGUAUGAUUUGAAGUUGAACCCAGCCAAAUGUGCAUUUGGAGUACCUGUAGGGAAGUUACUCGGAUUCAUAGUUAGCAGAAGAGCUCAAUCGACGGUGAUAUGUGAGCCCAUAUUCAAGUUACUGCGAAAAGAUGCGCCAACCAAAUGGACUGAAGAAUGUCAGAAGGCUUUCGACACCAUAAAAAGUUACCUUUCGAAUCCACCAGUGUUGGUGCCACCACGUGCAGGCAGUCCUUUGCUAUUGUAUUUAUCCGUCUCGGACAAUGCAUUCGGAUGUGUGUUGGGACAACAUGAUGAGACCGGAAGAAAAGAGAGAGCUAUAUACUAUUUGAGCAAGAAGUUCACAUCUUAUGAGGCUCGUUACACCCUUUUAGAGAGAACUUGUUGUGCUUUGACUUGGGUUGCUCAGAAAUUGAGACAUUAUCUGUCGGCUUAUACAACACAUCUCAUUUCGAGGAUGGACCCGCUUAAGUAUAUAUUUCAGAAAGCAAUGCCCACAGGAAAGCUAGCAAAGUGGCAAAUGUUGUUGAGUGAGUUCGAUAUUGUGUACAUGACUCAGAAAGCAAUCAAGGGGCAGGCUUUGGCAGAUCACCUUGCUGAAAACCCAGUAGAUGAAGGAUAUGAACCACUUAGAACAUAUUUCCCUGAUGAAGAAGUAUUGUUUGUAGGGGAAGACAUAUCAGAAUCAUAUCCUGGGUGGAGAAUGUUCUUUGAUGGAGCAGUAAACUCUAUAGGAUCAGGAAUUGGAGCAGUGUUGAUAUCUGAAUCGGGGCAACAUUAUCCAGCAACAGCAAAGCUUAGAUUCCGAUGCACUAAUAACAUGGCUGAGUAUGAAGCAUGUAUUCUUGGCAUUAGAAUGGCUCUUGACAUGAAUGUUCAAGAAUUACUGAUAAUUGGUGAUUCAGACUUGUUAAUUCAUCAAGUUCAAGGAGAAUGGGCGGUGCAGAAUCCUAAAAUCUUACCAUACGUACAAUUGGUACGAAGAUUAUGCCAAAGAUUUAGGAAGACCGAGUUCAGACACACGCCGAGAAUACAGAACGAGCUUGCUGACGCCCUUGCAACCAUAUCGUCCAUGAUACAACAUCCAGAAAAGAGUUAUAUCGAUCCAAUUGAGAUAGUUUUAAAAGAACAACCAGCACAUUGUUCACAUGUGGAAGCAGAAUGGGAUGGGAAUCCAUGGUAUAUCGAUGUGAAAAAGUACUUAGAGGCCGGCGAAUAUCCGGAAAAAGCAACAAGUAUUCAAAAGAGAACAAUCCGAAGAAUGGCAAACAACUUCUUUUUGAAUGGAGAGGUUCUUUAUAAGAGGACACCCGAUCUGGGAUUACUGAGAUGUGUGGAUGCUAUAGAAGCCACAAAAUUGCUUGAAGAAGUGCACGCUGGAGUGUGUGGGACACACAUGAAUGGGAUUACAUUAGCAAAGAAAAUCUUAAGGGCGGGAUACUUCUGGAUGACUAUGGAAAAUGAUUGUGGCCGAUUUGUCCAAAAAUGUCAUAAAUGCCAGGUUCACGGAGAUCUGAUCAAAGUACCACCCCACGAGCUAAAUGCAAUGAGUUCCCCUUGGCCAUUUGCAGCCUGGGGCAUGGAUGUUAUUGGACCUAUUGAGCCUGCCGCCUCCAAUGGUCAUAGGUUCAUUUUGGUCGCCAUUGAUUACUUCACAAAGUGGGUCGAAGCUGCUUCCUACAAAGCUGUGACAAAGAAAGUUGUGGCCGAUUUUGUUCGCAACAAUUUGAUAUGUCGUUUUGGAGUUCCAGAGUCUAUCAUCACAGACAAUGGAGCAAAUCUGAAUAGUCACUUGAUGAAAAAGAUAUGUGAACAAUUCAAAAUUACCCACCGUAAUUCAACUGCAUAUCGUCCUCAGAUGAAUGGAGCUGUAGAAGCUGCUAAUAAGAAUAUCAAGAGGAUACUGAGAAAGAUGAUUGACAACUACAAAUGUUGGCAUGAAAAUUUGCCUUAUGCUUUGCUAGGCUAUCGCACCACAAUCCGAACCUCAACUGGAGCAACUCCUUACCUAUUGGUAUACGGAACAGAAGCAGUGAUACCAGCUGAAGUUGAGAUACCAUCUUUAAGGAUUAUUCAGGAAGCUGGAUUGAGCGAUGCCGAAUGGAUUCGUGACCGAUAUGAGCAAUUGGCAUUGAUUGAUGAGAAAAGAAUGAGUGCCGUUUGUCAUGGCCAGCUGUAUCAACAGAGGAUGACUCGUGCUUUCAAUAAGAAAGUAAGAGUUCGAACAUUUGAGGUAGGCCAAUUGGUGUUGAAACGCAUUUUCCCUCAUCAAGACGAAUACAAAGGAAAGUUUGCACCUAACUGGCAAGGACCGUAUGUUGUCUACAAAGUACUAUCAAGAGGAGCUUUGGUUCUAGCAGAGAUGGACGGUCAGGUGUGGCGAAAAGCUAUCAAUUCAGAUGCCGUCAAGAGAUAUUACAUUUGA